GCUCUGCAUCAGAAUGGCUCCCAGCACCUCCAGAGACUGUCCCGUCUCCACACUGUCCCUCAGAGACUGUCCCAGCUCCACCACGCUGUCCUCCAGAGAUUGUCCCGUCUCCACGCUGUCCCUCAGAGACUGUCCCAGCUCCACCACACUGUCCUCCAUAGACUGUCCCAGCUCCACCACGCUGUCCUCCAGAGAUUGUCCCAUCUCCAUGAUGUCCUCCAGAGACUGUUCCAGCUCCACGUUGUCCCUCAGAGACUGUCCCGUCUCCACACUGUCCUCAAGAGACUGUCCCAGCUCCACCACGCUGUCCUCCAGAGACUGUCCCGUCUCCACGCUGUCCCUCAGAGACUGUCCCGACUCCACUCUGUCUUCAAGAGACUGUCCCGACUCCACGCUGUCCUCCAGAGACAGACACAAACUGAGGAAACCUGCGGUGGAGAAGCUGCGCAGAGAUCGCAUCAACAGCUGCAUCGAGCAGCUGAAGGUGAUGCUGGAGAAGGAGUUCCACAAACAGGAUCCCAACGCCAAGCUGGAGAAGGCCGACGUCCUGGAGAUGACCGUGGCCUUCCUGAAGCAGCAGCUGCAGCCUCCGAGCCUGGCCAAUCACGCGGCUCGCAGCCACGGCUCCUCCCACUGCUGGAAGGAGACGCUGUACUUCCUGUCCGCCAGCUCCCCGCAGGAAGUGACGCUGCCGCAGCGGCCACUGCGGUGCCUCCACGCCAGCGGCCGCGGCCCCAUACUGCCGGCCCACAGACGCGUCCAGGCUGCAGGGAAGCAGCCGGCCGUGUGGAGACCCUGGUAGAUCUGUCGCUCUUGUGCAGAACGGCUGGCAUCAGCUACGGCUACACCACACACGUGUGUGUGUGUGUGUGUGUGUGUGUGUGUGUGUGUGUGUGUGGCUACGGCUACACCACCUGGACAAACCACACGUGGUGUGACUGCUGCUUACAUUUUAACGCUUGCGUUGGUAGUGCUUUCUUCUUGUUUGAUACUGGAGAAAAGUUGAAAACAAGUUCCACAAGUUCCUCUUUUUUCUAUGAAAAUAUUGUUGGAAUAUUUUAGGAAAACGUUAAAUAUUUUUAGUAUCUUGAUUUAAAAAAAACGUCUGGUGUGUGCGUGUGCAUGUUAUAGAAAACUAUCACUGGAUUACUUUGAUACUGAAAUUAAAAACAAGUUCUGCAGCUUUUUCUCCGAAACAUAUUUCAAAAGUUUUAACAUUUUGAACAAAACAGUUGGAAUAUUACGAGAAAAUAGCUGGAAUAUGUAUAAUGUGAUAUAAUAUAUAUUCAUGUUGAAGACAGACAGACGCUCACUGUUUCCUGUGAGGACGGUACGGUGGCCCUGAAGGACAAAACACAACAACAUUUACACAAAGCAAAGCAAGGCUGUAAAAGUGUAAAAGGAGAUUAUGUUUUGGACGAUGAAUCCUCCUCAGUCUGCUUCAAACACAAGUCCAUCUUCUUAUUUUGGAUUUCAGAACUUUUCCGGUUUGAGUCUCACCAAAUGUCAGCUUUUUUGUGUUGUGAAAUGUGGUUGUGUUUGGUCCUUCUGGGCCACCGUAGAACAGUUUAUAGCGUGCCUUUCAUAAAUGCUGUGGACUUCAGAUUUUAUCUUUAUGUGCAGUGAGAUGAAGCGUCAACACUGACAACAAACGUGUUUCCUGUGGAAAAG